UCUGAUAAUUUAUUAAUUUUUCCUAAUUCUUUCGAUUACCGUGUUACUCAUACAUCAUCGGUUUGCAUACCUUCCAUGCUUUCGUUCCAUUUCACCAUUUAUGCUCGUUUUCCCUUGGAUCAAGCCUCCCUUCCCACUCUGGUAUGCUGCACAAUGUUUCUCUAAGCCCACCCUUCUAUGUUCUUUCCCCUUGCCAAAUCCAGUUUCUUCCGCUAUCAUCUAGCAUUACAUGUACCCACAACCCUGGUCACAACAUUGCCUUCACCGGGCACCUGUAUAUACUCCAGCAUAUCAUACCAUAAUGUGCAUUCUAGAGGUGUGGGAACGCUGGGUGCUUUUAGACUCGCAGUGGAAGAGAUAACGGCAAAUCCUACAGUCGUCUGCCUCGUGUCAAAGCGACCAAAACGUUUAUCAUCAUGCGACCUAGCCCAGACGAAACUCUCACGCUUCAAAUUCGCGUGGCCCCAAAAAUGCAAAAAGGAUAAAAAAGGGUUGGAAUGGAAGAAACGCAGGACAGAGAAACGAUGAAAAAGAGCGGAAGCCUCAGAAGGGAGAAAUGUGGAUCACCUCGAGGUAGCCUUAAGGCGACACCGUGCAACUGGUAUCACCGAGCGGCAGGGGCGAUUAUUCUUAGAAC